GGACGAUAGAUAAAGUAGCAAACGUAAACAAACGAUGGCAGCCGGACCGAUUGCAGAGCGAAAUCAAGAUGCAACGAUUUACGUCGGAGGUUUGGACGAUAAAGUCUCGGAAUCCCUGCUGUGGGAGCUGUUUGUCCAGGCAGGACCUGUGGUAAAUGUCCAUAUGCCAAAGGACCGAGUAACUCAGAUGCAUCAGGGCUAUGGAUUUGUGGAGUUUCUUGGUGAGGAGGAUGCUGACUAUGGCAUAAAAAUCAUGAAUAUGAUUAAAUUGUACGGGAAGCCCAUCCGAGUGAACAAAGCAUCGGCUCAUCAGAAGAAUCUCGAUGUAGGAGCCAAUAUUUUCAUUGGAAAUCUCGAUACGGAAGUUGAUGAGAAGCUCCUGUACGACACAUUCUCCGCAUUUGGAGUAAUUCUGCAGACUCCAAAGAUUAUGCGUGAUCCAGAGACGGGGAAUUCCAAGGGCUUUGCAUUUAUUAACUUUGCCAGCUUCGAGGCAUCUGAUGCUGCGAUGGAUGCCAUGAAUGGGCAGUACCUCUGCAAUCGCCCCAUUUCCGUGUCUUAUGCAUUCAAGAAGGAUUCCAAAGGGGAGCGACACGGAUCAGCUGCUGAACGUCUUCUGGCUGCUCAGAAUCCCCUUUCACACGCCGAUCGUCCACAUCAGCUCUUUGCGGACGCACCAGUGCCGCCGAUGAUGCCAAUGGGACCCGGAAUGAUGGGAGCAAUGAUUCCCCCGCCUCUGAUUGCACCGCCCCCACCACCGGUGCCGCCACCAAAUGCUCCAUUCCCAUCGAGUGUUCCUCCACCACCUUUGCCCCCCAUGCAGCCGCCUAUUCCGCCUUCACAGCCACCACUUCCGCCUACCCCGAUGGGAGUUCCACCGGCACCGCGGAUGAUGCCACAGCAGCCACCAUGGGCACAAAAUCCAGCACCAGGAACAGGCUUUCCCGGUGGGGCAUUUCCGCCUGCUCCGCCUCCACCAGGGCCUGCUCCUCCGCCACCGCCGAAUUUUCCCCGAAUGCCGCCUCCACCUCAAACCAAUCUUCCCAGGCCACCAUUUCCUCCAAGGGGCUUGCCGCCCCCGCCUCCAGCCAAUUUCAGCAGCGAUACAUUCAAUACUUUUUAAUUAUAACCAUCUUUUAAUUUAAUAAAGGAUUUCGCGUCUAA